CAAAGCCCUGCCGUAGAACGACGUGCCGUGUUCCGUUUUGUGAUGAACCAGGCUAACAGCAAAAUGUUGCUGUCAUGGGCUUGUUUUUUGACGUUAUUAUUAAGUUUUGUCGGACAAUAUGUCACGUUUGCAUUGCAGGACGUUACUAAGGAUUUAUUUGCCCUGGAGAAUUAUGGUACAGUAGCGGCUUUCGGUGACUUCAACUCUGAUAAACAGACUGACAUUUUCAUCAUCAGGAAGAGAUCUGAACUGUUGAUUUUCUUGGCUGAUCUUAAACCUCCUUAUUACAAACCUAAAGUCAACCUGACUAAAGAGGUUAUCUCUAGUGACUUCAGCAUAACUAGUGUGGUCCCGGGUGAUUAUGAUGGAGACUCUCAGAUGGAUGUGCUUCUCACUGGCCACCUAAAGGACUCCCCAUUGACAACUGUCUUCAUCUUCUGGGGACAUAACCAAACUUUGGACCUGAAUGAUAGGGUAGAGAUUAACAGGACCUUUACUGAUCAGCCCCUUGUCAUGGACUUUAAUGGGGACAUGAUUCCAGACAUUUUUGGAUCUGUUGGAGGUUCAUCAGAGGUUUGCUAUCUCAGGGCAAGGAAACAAAACUGUGAGAAUGCUCUCGGAUCUGAUGUCAAAAUGCGCAUCCCUCAUUCCAAUGCUUUCAUCGACCUUAACAAGGACUUCACUGCCGAUUUGCUCCUCACCACCGAAUCAAAUGAAUUUGAGACCUGGAUCAAUAAGGACGGGAACUUCAUUAGAAGCCUGCAUGGAAAAGCACCGAACGAUGCAAUUAAAGUGGGUCAAUCUGCCUUCGUAGACUUCGAUGGUGACGGCUCCCAAGACCACCUAUUGCCGGUCUGUAUGGAUGAUGCAUGUGGCAAAAGUGCAAUUUACCUAGCCAAGACUGGAGAGACAGAGCCCUUUUGGGUGCCGGUGCUAUUGGACUUCAGUAGGAAGGAUUCUGUGUGGGGCUUUGUGCCCCCUCAAGACAGUUCCACUUCGGGAGAACAGCAAAUUCCCAUCACCCUGCACUUAGGAGACUAUAACCUGGAUGGCUUUCCUGAUGCCCUUGUCAUCCUUCGUAACACCAGCAGUGGCAGCAAGCAGCAGCAGGCAUUCCUGCUGGAGAACGUGGCAUGUAAUAACGCGAGCUGUCGGGAGGUGGGCCGCAUGUUCAGUGUGCGUUGGGAACAGUCAGACCUCAGUGCCAUCCCCAGGGCUGUUGUGGCCACUUUUUUUGACAUCUAUGAGGACGGUAUAUUAGAUAUGAUCGUGCUCAGCAAGGGGGAAAAGGAAGACCUCGUAAUCCACGCUUUGAAGAACAACUAUGAGGCCGACGCGUAUUUCGUGAAAGUGAUCGUUCUGAGUGGCCUUUGUUCCAAUAACUGUCCAGAAAAAGUUAAGCCCUUCGGCGUGAACCAGCCUGGCCCGUAUGUCAUGUACACAUCGGUGGACUCGAACGGUUAUCUAAAGAACGCUUCGGCGGGGCAGCUCAGCCAGUCAGCUCAUCUCGCACUCCAGCUGCCCUACACCGUGCUCGGUCUGGGGCGCAGCGCCAACUUCCUGGAUCACCUGUUUGUGGGCAUCCCCCGGCCCCCUGGAGGGAAGGAUGUGAGGAAACAGGAGUGGACCGCUAUCAUCCCUAACUCUCAGCUCAUCGUUAUACCGUACCCACAAGAUGACCCUCGCAGCUGGAGUGCGAAGCUCUACCUUACCCCAAGUAAUAUUGUCUUAUUAACAGCGAUUGCACUGAUUGGCGUCUGCGUCUUUAUUCUCGUCAUCAUCGGGAUACUGCACUGGCAGGAGAAGAAAGCAGAUGACCGUGAGAAGAGACAGGAGGCCCAUCGCUUCCAUUUCGAUGCCAUGUGAGAAAUUGGAGAGAUCGACACAGAGAAGAACGGGUCUGCUUUCAUUUCAGUGGUGUAUUUAUUUUUUAUUUUUUUCACACUGGAGCAUUUUUAUGCAUUAAAUGAUGUCUGAAAUCAGAGGAAUCCAUCAGAAUAUGAAUAGUUUGAACAGUGAUGUGCCUCUGUAGAUCUAUUGACAUCCGAAGAGAAAAGGUUAUGUUUCUGUCGAGUUUGUUUACAUGAUUCUAAACGCAUAAUUAUGUUUGCACAUUGAGAAGAAAGAAAAGUGUUUGGUGCCAUUUUCUGUACUUUGGUUUGGCAUAAACAUGUUACUAUAAAAGUCUUUCUUUGUAUUGUCGAAGUAACGGGUGAAGAUCAAGUGGGCAGAAACAGAACUGUUUUUGAAGGACUUAGAUAGUUAUCUGCCUUUGUGUGUAUGGAAUGGAUGUGACUGAACCACUUUACUAAAUAAACGCUUUGAAUCCAUGCGCUACACGAGGCCCCUGUUAACAAAAGUGUGCUCUGUAAACUAAUUUUAUUAGGCAUUUAGAUGUGUGGAACCAAAUAAAACUGAGUUAUUAGAAAUGGCAUCACUCUAUUACAAUAAGGUAUUGAUUUAAGGAUCAAAGCUCAGUGCCAACCUCUUCCAAAUGAUUCCCCAGAGUUUGUUUCAAUUCAUUUCCGGUGGAUGUAAACAUUCUAUAGAAAGUCCUCAACCCUAAUUGCUCAUAGUCCACAUUAAUCAGGUUGCUUCAUGUUCUUUUCUUCAUUUUGCAUUCAAGUAAUUCCCACUGUGUCUGUCUUACUGAUUGUUAGGCACAGUUAUCGAUACUUCAACUCUGGGUUGUUUUUCCGUUUGUCACUUAUGCCUUUGGGUAUUUUUCCUUGAUUUCUAUAGGUGGUUUUAUUUAUUUCUUAUACUUGUUUUUAAAACACUGUAACUUAAUUUUGUGCUGCUGAAGACUGUUUAGUGUGAAGGGUUUUGUUCUUAGCUGUAUAUAUCUGACAGGUGCUCUGAUCAAUGUAUUAAUUUAUAUGCUAGUCUAUUUUACCUUUAUAUGGUGCACUAUAUGCACAUUAAUUGAGCAGUUUCACUUCCAAAGGUAAAAUCGAUGGUCUAACUUGCAUGUUAUAUAGCAUGCAAUUUGUGCAGAUGGUUUUUGCUAAUUGUUUCUUGUCAGGUGUAUUGGUCCCAACAGGUUGUGUAUAUGUACUCUGUUUAAUCCAUUCUCACCAUGUUUUUGGUUGCUGUUAAUCAGUAUUUUUUUUUUUUAUGUUAUAUAAAUAAACAUGACCAAAUGCUUUAUUACCUUUA